AUGCAAAAAGUACAUCCCCCUAUAUUGCUAGGAGGUAAUAAACCUUCUAUACAUUCUUUAUUAUUAUCACAAGAUCAAGUAAAGAACCCCCAAAGAGACGAAUAUUUAAGUGGCUGGAAUUUCUCUUCCAAUAAUAAUCAUUAUAUUAACCAACAUCAUCAAUAUUCUCAAUAUAACAUUCAACCAUUGAAAUCAUUCGAUAAUAACAACAAUAAUGGUGGUUAUAUUCACGAAUCAAAAAAAUUUAAAUUUUCACAAGACCAAUUUAAUAGCAGCGAUGAAAGUGAUAAUGGAGAAUAUUCACCAAAACCAAGAUACAAUAACAAUAGUAACAAUGGUUUAGAUAGUAUGAUGAAACAUUUUGGUUCAAAUAGUUUACCCACCUUUAGGCAAUUCCAACAACAUCUCACUGUAUCACCAUCACAGCAUUCUUCUUCCUCGUCAUCUUCAUCAUUACAUUCAUCCCCAUCAUCUGCUUCAUCAUCACCAUCUUAUUCAGUUCCAAUUGUUGCACUUCAAAGUGAAAAUAAUAAUUCAUCAGACUUCAAAUCACCAUAUGAGCAACCACACUCACCAUCAAACAACAGUGAUUUUAAAAAUAAACAAAUUCAACAAUGGUUACAAGAACUCCAACAAAUUAAAAAGAGAGAAUCAAUUCUUUUAGAGAAUUUAAAGUAUUAUAAUGUAAAUUCCGUAUCCUCACCAUCUUCCUCUUUUUCAUCUGAUGAAUCCGAUGAAGAUUUAGAUUAUGGCCAUCCAACACAACAACCACAAUCACCAUUACAACAACCAAUAACAUCACAACCAAUCCAACAAGCUUCAUUUUCACCAUCUUCAUCACCACAACAAGCUUUAACCAUUCAACAACAACCAUCAGAAACUAUUAUUUGUAAUCGUUAUAUUCAUCCAGCCAUCGUCGUUUUAGUUGAUCAAGAUAUUAUUAACCAAACCUCUGGUUAUUUAAUUGUUAAUGCUUCAUUGUCCCCAUAUCCAUUCAAAGGUAAUAAUAUUGCAUCUCAAAAUAACCUUAGCAAGAACCAACAAUUACUUCAAGGUGUUAAAAGUAUUCUCGUUGAAAAGAAUGGUUUUGUUAUUUUCAACAAAUUAAAACUUAAUGAAGUCUCUGCCAAAUAUCCAAAUCAACUCUUUUGUAUUAGUUUCACCCUUUCUGAUAUCUCAUCAGAUAAACAAAUUCGUGUCGUAUCUCAAGUAGCUAGUACCCCAUUCCAUAUUAUUUCAAAACCAAAUAAGAGAAAAUGUGACGAAAUGGAAAAUGAAGAACCAUCAUCACCAAAAUCAAACUCACCACCAUCAUCACCAUCUCUUAAUAAUAUUCCAACUUCCGGUGCUGCAUCAUCAUCAUCAUCAAGUAGCAACAAAUUAGUUGAUGAAUGCUCUGCAAUCAAUACUAAUGAUCCAAAUUAUAUUGAUAUCACUGAUUUAUUAAUUUUACCACAAAAAGAAGCUGCUGCCAGAUUAGGUAUUUCAGAAUCAAUGCUUUGCAAAAGAUUUAAAGAGUGCACAAGAAGAAAAUGGCCAUAUAGAUAUUUAAGAAAAAUUGAUAAAUUUAUCAAGUUACUUUCUUUACAAAAUAUCAAUGAAAUACCAAAAGAAGAAAAAGAAAAAUUAGAAAGAUAUAUUCUUGAAAGAGAAGAAUGUCUUCGUCCAGUUAAAAUCAGAAUUACUGGCUGUGUUGAUAAAGAUGACCCAGAACAAUUUACAUCAAAUUUAAAUUUCAAUAAAUCAACACAUCAACUCCCAUUACCAUCAUCAUCAUCAACUGGUUCAAAUAUUCCAUCAAAAUCACAAAUUCAAAAUAUUAUCAAUGGUGGUAAUGAAGACAACAACAACAACUACAACAACAACAAUGGUGUUGCCGCUUCUAGUGCUUCAUCAUCAACUAAAUUAUUCGAAGGCCUUACCACUGGAGGAGAGGGUAAAGGUUUAGAGAAUAUUUUAGAAACUUUGGAAAUGCUCAAACACACUCAUCGUCAAUAA